AUAAAGGCGCGUAGGGAAACAAAACGGUGUAAAAAAAAAACGUUCCACCUCACAUAAUUCACUUUGAAUUUCAAACAUAUUUUUUUGUCUAUGGCUUCAAUGGAUGGUGGCUUUGUUGAUUGCCAUUGCCACAUCACAGCCUGUGAAUUUGCCGAGGAUUUAGAGGAUGUGAUCAAGAGGACCAGAGAGGCUGGAGUCAAAACACUUAUUUCUGUCACUGAAGAGCCCAGUGAGUUUGAAAGAGUUAUCCAGCUGUUUAAAAGCUACCCAGAUCUAGUUGCACCAUGUUUUGGAAUCCACCCAGUCCAAGGCUGUGGGUCCCAUGACCAGCGCAGCGUGAAGAUUCAGGACUUGGAGCCUGCCCUGCCCUUGUUCCAGAAGUACAGAGAUGAAAUUGUUGCAGUUGGAGAGAUUGGUCUUGACUACACACCUUGGUAUGCCCCCACUUCUCAGGAGAGAGAGGAACAGCUGACUGUUUUCACCAAGCAAUUACAAAUAUCCAAGGAUCUGGAUUUGCCAGUGAACAUCCAUUCCCGAUCAGCUGCAAAGGUCACCAUAGCUACUCUGAAAGAACAGGGUAUCACUUGUGCUUUGCUGCACAACUUUGCAGGGAAACCAUCAGUGGCCAUGGAAGGAGUGCAGGCAGGGUACUUCUUCUCCUUCCCUCCAGCUGUCUGUAGGAAUGACCAGAAAGCCAAGCUGAUCAAACAGAUUCCAUUAGAACACAUCUGUCUGGAGACAGACUCUCCUGCCUUGGGACCAGAAAAACAUGUAAGGAAUGAACCCAAGAACAUUUCACUGGUCUGUGAGUACAUUGCUCAUGUCAAAGGAAUCACACCUCAAAUGGUAAUUCAUGCCACUACAGAUAAUGCCCUCAGAUUGUUCCCAAAAAUUAAGAGACUUGAGUGAUGCGUUUUGUAAUUAAAUUAACUUUGUGCUAUCUCAUGCUGUGUCUCUGAAAAUGAAAUGGAAUUGUGAAAUAAAAUGCUCAAUCAACA